GGGGGGGUCCGAGCGGAGCCGAACCCAGCCGAGCGGAGCCGAACCCAGCCGAACCCAGCCGAACCCAGCCAUGGAGGGCCCGGCAGGCGGGCGGGCUCUGCGUCGCUUCACCUGGGAGGAGAUCGGGCAGCGGAACGGGCGGGGGUCGCCGGCCCAGGAGCGAUGGCUGGUGAUCGAGAGGAAGGUGUACGACAUCAGCCGCUUCUGCCGGAGGCACCCGGGGGGCUCCAGGGUCAUCAGCCACUACGCCGGGCAGGACGCCACGGAUCCUUUCAUAGCAUUUCAUCUUGACAAGACGCUUGUAAGAAAGUACAUGAGCCCACUCUUGAUUGGGGAGCUGGCACCAGAUCAGCCCAGCUUUGAGCCCAGCAAGAAUAAAAAGCUGGUAGAAGAUUUCCGUGAGCUCCGUGCAACCGUGGAGAAAAUGGGGCUGUUCAACCCCAGCUGCACCUUUUUCAUGCUCUAUCUCUGUCACAUCUUGGUGUUGGAUGUUGCAGCUUGGCUCACCAUCUGGUAUUUUGGAGCAUCCACAGUGCCUUUCCUCUUCUCUGCAGUGCUUCUAGGCACUGUCCAGGCCCAGGCUGGCUGGCUCCAGCAUGAUUUUGGACACCUUUCAGUCUUCAGCAAAUCCAGGUGGAACCACUGGGUGCACAAGUUUGUGAUCGGCCAUCUGAAGGGAGCACCAGCCAGCUGGUGGAAUCACCUCCACUUCCAACACCACGCCAAACCCAACUGCUUCCGAAAGGACCCCGACGUUAACAUGCACCCCUUGUUUUUUGCUUUGGGAAAACCACUCUCUGUAGAGCUUGGUGUGCAGAAGAAGAAAUUCAUGCCUUACAACCACCAGCACAAGUACUUCUUCAUCAUUGGUCCCCCAGCUCUGGUGCCUCUUUACUUCCAGUGGUACAUAUUCUACUUUGUGGUGCAGAGGAAACAGUGGGUGGACCUGGCCUGGAUGCUGACCUUCUACAUCCGAUUCUUUCUCACCUACUUGCCUUUACUGGGGGUGAAGGGCAUCCUGGGGCUUCAUCUGUUAGUCAGGUUUAUAGAGAGUAACUGGUUUGUCUGGGUUACACAAAUGAAUCACAUCCCGAUGCACAUUGAUUAUGAUAAGAAUGUGGACUGGUUCUCUACCCAGCUCCAGGCAACCUGCAAUGUUCAUCAGUCUCUGUUCAAUGACUGGUUUAGUGGGCAUCUGAACUUCCAAAUCGAGCACCACCUCUUCCCCACAAUGCCAAGACACAACUACUGGAAGGUGGCUCCUCUGGUGAAGUCCCUGUGUGCCAAACACGGCAUCGAGUACCAGUGCAAGCCUCUGCUCACAGCUUUUGCAGACAUUGUGCACUCGUUGAAAGACUCAGGGGAGCUCUGGCUUGAUGCUUAUCUGCAUAAAUAAGAAGCAGUGGAUCCUUCCAGAGGAAUUCCCCACCCUUGUUGCCUCCUGUGGUGAUCACCAGGAAGAUACUGCAGAAAGGAGAGAGAGCUGGCUAAGCCAGAGGUGGGGAGGUGCCACCACUUAAUUCCACUGAUGAAAGUGAUUAAUACGAUUAUUAUUAUUUUUUUUUAAAAAGCUGUGUUCUUAAUUCUUCUUGUGUUUCUUUCAUUCCUCUUCUCUGAUGCUGAGUUAUGGGGGAAAGCUGAAUGGAGGAGGUUAUGUUCCACCAAGCAGGAGGAAGCAUUGGGACCAGGAGCAGGUUCCAUUCUGUCUGCUGAUAAUCAUUUGCUGAGUAUGCAGGAGGGACAUCUCUUCUCUGACACAGAUCUUGGUGAGGUGGCUCUCAUGGAUGUGGCAAGAAGGUUGGGACACCACAAAGAACAUUGGGGAAGCAAGAAGGAAUUGUGUGGGUGCAGUAUUUUCAAACACCUGUAUGUCAAUAACAAUGGCAAUAGAAGUGUCCAAACCAAGGGACAGUGGGGAGCACCUGAGAGCCCAAAGCAGUUUGUAUGUAGGUGGGUGAGGUGGAGGAGGUGCAGGCAGCAGGUCUGUAGGAAAAAGAUCUAAUUAGAUCUUUGGGAAGUGCAGCUUAUUCUCCAGGUAGGUAGAUGUGAGAGCUCAGCAUGCCAGAUUCUGGGAAUGCUGCCCUCCACGUCUCUUCUGUGGUGAAGGCCUCUGGGCUGUUUGCCCAUUGGGGACCUCCCAUGGGGUCUCUGCAAGUGGUUGCCAUAGUGCCAUACUUCUGAGUGUCAUUGGACCCAGUCCUGGAAGUCAGAAGAGAUGGAAAAGUGGCACAUCCAUAGUGGGGAUCCCUCCAAGGGUGACUGAGGAAGCAAAAGGGUAGUUGGUCUGUGGUCACCUGAAGCUUCACUCUUUUUUGAGUGAUCAGUUAAGUGGAGAGAACUCGUGACUUCUGGCCCAUGGAGCCCUGGUCAUUUUUUAUUGGGUGAUGUUCCUCCAAAACACACCUUAGGAGGACACAUGCUGGAUUUCUUGGAAUGUGCACUAGCCUUACUGCAUUUUCUGGUGUCUUUUCAAUUACUACCCCAAUAUUACAGAUGCCAAAUCAAGAUGAUUAGCACUAAUGAAGACAGCUCCAUCACCCUGUCACCUCAGUGGCAGGUGGCUUACAUGUCUCCAGAAGGGAUGGGUUGAUUUUUGAGGAACAAAUGGUGCUUUUUUCUUAAUUAAUAUCCAAAAAGAGGGUGGUUUGUGAGGGAAUGGAAGAAAUACAUCUUCCUAGGCCAAGAGUGUUGUUAAGCACAGAAUAGAAUUGUAAUGGAAAUAAUAAAAUAAUCAUUAAAUCAUUGGUAACUGUUGAUAAAGACCAUAAAGGAAAUGGGCCUUAGUUACUCUUUUACCUUGUUUUUGCCUGCUCCAUUUCUGUCCCCUUUUAUUAUUAGAACUGUUGAUGGAGGGAAGUCUAAUAAUAAAAUUCCUUAUCUUACCUAU